AUGGAACAGAUAGACCCAGAUAUCCCUGAAAAACAAACAAACGAACUGGAACCAGAAAAAGACCUUGAUGCUGAAGUCUCCCUACACAUUCCUGAUGGAGGUUGGGGUUGGGUUGUUUGCUUUGCUGGAUUCAUGACGAAUUUUACCAUUUACGGAUUGCUUUCCUCAAAUGGUAUUCUCGUCCUUGGUCUGGCUGCCAUUUACGAUGUCAGUAUUUCGAAAACGGCAAUGGUCGGUUCUAUUUUCAGUGGAACCAUGUUAUGCGUUGGUCCGUUUGUGUUGCUUCUAAUGAUGUUUAAUGCAAGCCAUCGCCAAGUUAUCAUUUGCGGAGGAUUCAUUUCUGCCGUGGCAACAUUUACAAGUUUUUUUGUUGAGCAAGUUGAAGUUAUUUACGUUACGUAUGGAAUUCUCUCAGGGAUUUUUUCUGGAAUGUCAUAUUUUUCCUGCAACACCAUCGUUGGAUCUUAUUUUAAGAAGAAACGAACUUUGGCUGUGGGAAUCUCUCAGAGUGGAACUGGAAUCGGUGCAAUUGUCCUUAAUUAUUUCUUAGAACGGAGCAUUUCCUUUUAUGCCUGCGAUAAUGUUUUGAUCUAUCUUCCGGCAAAAGUUGUGAGUGUUGGACUAACCAGAGAAGAAGGAGCCUUGAUAAUGGCCAUCUACGGCGCAAUUAUUGGACCUAGUCAAAUUGUUGUUGGAAUUCUUGGUGACGUAUUUCACAUCCCUGUAAGCUACCUUCUGAUGCCUUCAUUGUUUGGCAUGUCGGCCACAACCUUAGCUUUUACAUUCUGCAACUCCUUCUCAUUGUUCGUCUUGUGCGUGUCUCUUUUCGCCAUUUUCUAUGGUUCUUUGUUCGAUGCUACACAGUCUUACGAUUCUGCCUUUUACUUCACCACCGGUUCUUUAUUCAUUGCCUGCAUCAUAUCAAGUGGAAUCAUCUACCUUCAACGAAAAGAGAAAUUCCAUGAAAAAUAA